GGCUUAUAUAUUUGGAGGUUUUCUUUCACAACUUUGUGUGUCCAUAACACUUUGAAGCUUCAAAACAAUCAUCCAAUUGUGGAUUGAGCUAUUUUUCCCUUUUUGGCAUUGAAGAAGGUGCCCAUUUGUCUAAGUUAUAUUGAAAAGCAUGGAAGAAAACUUCGUCCCGUUUCGCGGAAUCAAGAAUGACCUUCAAGGGAGGUUGAUGUGCUACAAACAAGACUGGACUGGUGGUCUAAGGGCAGGUUUCAGGAUUUUGGCCCCCACCACAUACAUAUUUUUUGCUUCAGCAAUUCCAGUCAUUUCGUUUGGUGAACAAUUGGAAAGAAAUACAGAUGGGUUGAUUACGGCGGUCCAAACGUUAGCUUCUACUGCAUUAUGUGGUAUUAUACACUCUAUCUUUGGAGGUCAGCCAUUGCUGAUUCUUGGAGUUGCAGAACCAACUGUGCUUAUGUACACAUUUAUGUACAACUUUGCUAAAGACAGACCAGAUCUCGGACCAAAGCUCUUUCUAGCUUGGACUGGAUGGGUAUGUGUUUGGACUGCAAUCUUGCUGUUCCUUCUAGCUGUGCUAGGAGCUUGCUCCAUCAUUAAUAGGUUUACUCGUGUUGCGGGGGAAUUGUUUGGCCUACUUAUUGCAAUGCUCUUCAUGCAGCAAGCCAUCAAAGGACUUGUUGAUGAGUUCCGCGUACCCAAACGAGAAAGUCCAACGUUGGCAGAGUUUCAACCAUCAUGGAGGUUUGCAAAUGGGAUGUUUGCUUUAGUUUUGUCAUUCGGCCUUCUUCUCACUGCACUAAGAAGCCGAAAGGCAAGAUCUUGGCGAUACGGUUCUGGUUGGCUUCGAGGUUUCAUAGCAGAUUAUGGUGUGCCACUGAUGGUUCUCAUCUGGACAGCUGCUUCUUAUAUACCUGCUGGAAGUAUUCCAAGAGGAAUCCCAAGGCGUCUCUUCAGCCCAAAUCCAUGGUCUCCGGGUGCAUAUGGGAAUUGGACAGUAAUAAAGGAUAUGCUGGAUGUGCCGGUUCUCUACAUAAUCGGAGCUUUUAUUCCAGCAACAAUGAUUGCGGUACUUUACUAUUUUGACCACAGUGUAGCAUCUCAACUUGCUCAGCAAAAAGAAUUCAACUUGAGAAAGCCACCUUCUUUCCACUAUGAUUUACUUCUUCUAGGGUUCAUGGUUAUAUUGUGUGGUCUCCUAGGAAUACCUCCUUCAAAUGGUGUCAUUCCACAAUCUCCGAUGCAUACCAAAAGUCUGGCUACCCUUAAGCACCAGCUGCUUCGUAAUCGACUUGUAGCAACAGCACGAAAAUGUAUGGGUAAGAAUGAAAGUCUGUCACAAGUGUACGGAAGCAUGCAAGAAGCCUAUCAACAGAUGCAGACUCCAUUGGUUUAUCAGCAACCUUCAACUCGAGGACUGAACGAAUUAAAAGACUCAACAAUUCAAUUGGCUUCAAGCAUGGGUCACAUGGAUGCUCCAGUUGAUGAGACAGUAUUUGAUGUUGAGAAGGAGAUUGAUGACUUACUACCGGUUGAGGUGAAAGAACAACGGCUUAGUAACUUGCUCCAAUCUACAAUGGUAGGAGGAUGUGUUGUAGCCAUGCCUUUGCUUAAAAUGAUCCCAACCUCAGUACUCUGGGGUUACUUUGCCUAUAUGGCCAUCGAAAGCUUACCAGGAAACCAGUUCUGGGAGCGGAUCUUACUGCUAUUUACAUCUCCAAGUAGAAGAUACAAAGUAUUGGAGGAGUACCAUGCCACUUUUGUGGAAACUGUACCUUUCAAGACAAUCGCAUUUUUUACUCUUUUCCAGACUGCCUACUUGCUUAUUUGUUUUGGAAUUACAUGGAUUCCAAUUGCUGGAGUUCUGUUUCCUUCAAUGAUCAUGCUUCUGGUUCCAGUGAGACAAUACCUAAUGCCCAAGUUUUUCAAAGGGGCACACCUCCAAGAUUUGGAUGCCGCAGAGUAUGAAGAGUCACCAGCAAUGCCAUUCAACCUAGCAGCUGAGGGUGAGAUAGGUUCAAGAGCUUCAUUUGCUGAUGAUAGAGAGAUUCUGGAUGGGAUAAUAACCAGAAGCCGUGGUGAGGUAAGACGUAUUUGCAGUCCAAAAGUAACAAGUUCCACUACAACACCAGCCAAAGAUUUCAUAAGUCACCAGAGCCCGCGAUUCUCAUCAGAUAAAGCUUACAGCCCUCGCUUAAGUGAACUUAGAGUGGAUCAAAGUCCUCGGCUUGGUGGAAGAGGACAAUUUAGUCCAAGGACAGGUGAAGCAAGACCUUCAAAUUUAGGAAAAAGUAGUGAGAAGUAGAUAUGAAUCAGCAUAUGUAUUGGCUGUUAUAACUGAUUGCCUGCUUGCCAUAAGAAAAGGUGAGGGAUAGUGUGAUGAAUGUGUAGGUAGUCUGCAAUAGCUUAUUCCUAGCUUCUUUCUUUGACUUGGGCUGUUGUUGUUGUAUAUAUUCUACCUUUGUAAACUCCAUCAAGGAAAGAAUAGUUGUAACCACAACUUAUAGCAAUAAUAAUAUUGAAUCUUUUACCAUA